AUCCAACAACACACACAAAAACACCACCAAAUUAGCAAUUAAAUCCACAAAGCUACAACUACACUAGCUUAAUUAGCAGCUAAGAAGAACACAAGAAGAAGAAGAACACAAGAAGAUCAAAUCAAAUUAAGGAGUUUCGUAUAUAUGUCGGGAGUGUGGGUGUUCAGGAACGGGGUGGUGAAGCUGGUGGAGAACCCACCGGCGGCGGCGAGCAACGCGGCCGGCGGGAUCCGGCGGAAGGCGCUGCUGCACACGCCGUCCGGCGAGGUGGUCGCCUCCUACGCCUCGCUGGAGCGCAAGCUCGCCGCGCUCGGCUGGGAGCGCUACUACUCCGGCGCCGCCGCCGCCGCCGGCGGCGCCAUGGCGGCGCCGAUGCUCCAGUUCCACAAGCGCUCCUCCGUGGACCUGAUAUCGCUGCCCAAGGACUUCGCCCAGUUCGGCUCCGUCCACAUGUACGACAUCGUCGUCAAGAACCGCGACGCCUUCCGCGUCAUCGACGUCUAAGGGUUUCUUCGAAUCACACGAAUUUUACUGGAAUUUCAGAUAAAACAGUUUAAUUCCUCCGUUUUUUCUCUAAAAAUCCUUCAAACCAAAAAGCUCCUAAGUUUUUUUUUUCUUAUUUCUUCUCUAACCCCAUGUAAUUAAUCUAGCUAUAUGCGUGCCUCGCCUCCCUGCCUGCACUAGAUCAACUAAUGAUCUAUACUAGUGUUAAUUAGUUUGUCAUCUACUCGAGAUCGAUAGAUCUGCCUUCAUCUGAAUGGGUUUGUAAUGUUAAUUACGAAUUAUUGAUUGUUGUACUUACUUAGAGAGUAAUGUUCAUUCAUCUUUUCGCUUAUGCUUAUGCUUAUAAGUUAAAAUUUAAA